AUGUCAUCACGGAGAUGUUUUAAAGCGAGAAAGACUGUAAAAGUAGUGAGCUAUAAAGGCGGGAAAGUCAAUCGAAGAUCAACGCUUACUGUUCCCGUUAAAUAUGAUUCUGGGCAGAAUGCAAGUACAUCAUUGUCAUCUAUUUCUGGUGGGCAAUAUUCAUGCGACUCGCCUCCAGAAGUAAGCUUUGGUGCGGAUGAUGAUGUUGGCAAAACGUUUCAUUCGAAACCGAAAUGCGGAAAGCUUCGUUUAAAGAAGAAAAUAAACAGCUAUAGAAACAAGAAAAUUAGACUUGGGGAUGCAUGGCUUGAUGUUCGCAACCAGCUUUACUUAGCUGCGUUGGAGUUGCAAGCUUUACCCGAAGACCAGUACUGCAUUAUUCCUUCAUGCAAAGAAAAAGCGUGUUGCAGAUGCCUGGACUGUGGCCCUGUUCAUUUCAUGUGUGAUGAACAUACAAGCAUGAUACAUGCUGGUGGCCUGACUUUACACUGUCCUGAGAUUUGGAAGGUAUAUGCUUCACUGUUGUUUUUGGGGACUGCCCAGACAUGCUCAGAUGUUAGAUUUGAUUUUCAAAAACCUUGUACGAUACUGUAGUCCUAGGUUUAUCUGGAAGAUCCAGAUUAAUCCAAAAGUUGUCAAGUUUAUACAUGCUGACUGGAGACUUUUCAAUGAAAACUUUUCAAUGAAGACUUUUCAAUGGAGACUUUCCAAUGGGUUACUGACAGUGUUUUGAUUCUUAUUUAGUUUCUUUAUAGUUUAAAAAUGUUUCAUCAUCGACACACAGAUAAUAUAUUAGUUGAUAAUUCUAGUAGUAAAUACAUAUUUAAGCAUUCUGCAUGUACAUUGUAGAAUAACAGAUAUGCUCCAUACAAGUUUGGUGGAAUGGAGGUGUGGAAUACAGAACAUAAUGCAGAUCAUGGUUACUGUCGAGACAUUGUCGUUAUUAACAAAACUGAUAUGUAGCUGUUGUGUAGCAUUAUUUGGUUCAAAUUUAUUUAGCCUAUUACGCCUCUAUGCUGUAAGUCCCUUGGCAAGUAUUAUUAAUAAUAGUUGGGCACAUAGAUCUGGAUGCAUUAAUUCAGUUAAGGGGCUAAAUGCUUGUGUUAUUUUCAUUCAUUUUAUCGCUAAGGGCCUGGUUAUAAUAUGUAAGUUGUAUUAUUACAGUUGCAUUAUUGCUCUGAUCAUAAUACUGUUUAAUUCCAAAUGUUGGUGUGCUAUAUGUAGUUGAUGAAAUACACUGUUUUAACCAUUUCAAUAACCCUUUGAGUGACUGCAUCUAUUUAAUGUUAUAAUCAUGAGAGUACAUUGCAUUAUGUGGCUUUGAAUCGGCAUGUAUAUUUAUUGUAAAAAGUGAAUAUUAAACAGAACAAUUUCUGCCCACUGUAGGCCGUCAACAUCUUGUUAAAUUUAAAUUUUGUUGUCAUGAGCCUGAAUCAGUGACAUUAGUGCGACAUGGACUGUGGCCAGCAUCACCAAAAGAACCACAAGCAGCCUUUGAAAAUGGUUUCAUGGAAAUCCUGAAAUAUAUGUUCUUGGAGUGUAGAGCAUCAUUAAAAUCAAUUUGUCAAGCAAUAAAUUGGACUAUGCCUACACUUUCACCUGUCCAUGUAAGAAUACUUUAUCUUGAUUUUAAUGCCCAUCCAUAUAAUAUUGUGCAUGUAAAUAUUCAGUAAAUCAAUAUGAACUGAAAAUUUAUCACAAUGGAGACAGAGUGACAGACAAUGGGUGAGGGGUACUUCAGUGAGGAGUAAUCAUUAUAAUAAUGAAACUAGUACAUACAUGUACCUUGUUCAAUCAUUUAACUCAUUAACUUGCAUUACUUGUCCAACACCAGACAAUUUUUCUUGUCAAUUGGAAGCUCUGCAGCAAGAGGGUUACAAAAGGUUUAACUUAAUGAACCCAUUAAGUUGCAGAGCUUCCCUACUGACAAGUAAAAUUGUCAGACAUAAGACAAGUAAGAGCACACUACAGCACAAUGCAGCUCAAUGGGUUAAACAACAGGCUUGUACAAAUGUUUGUGAGAGAAAGGGUGGCAUAAGAGAAUUUUGAAACUGUCAAGCGAAGCAAAUUGUCAAGCCCUUUUAAUUAGAUGCAAUAUAGCAUUGAUGUAAUAUGUGCCAUGCUGGAUGUUUUUGUUUAGUAGUAUGACUUAUACGUAGUUCUUUGAAAUGAAAGGAUUUGUGGAUGUAUUCAUGCCAAAUAUAAAAUAGACUAUUAGUAAACAAAAUAAUGAGGACUGAUAGUUUCUUAAAUUUUUGAAUAACAUAGAUUAAAGACAUAUAUCGGCUGCUAGUUGGUGAAACUUUUGGGGAAUACAGGUAUCAUUGCCACUUGUUGGAUACAUUUGGAGGCAAAAACCAACAACUAAAUUGUGACAUGCAAUGUCCUGCUUGCCCAAAGGUAUAGAUACAGUAGAUUAAUGUAUAAUUGAGUAAAUGUACUUUAUGCUUACACUAAUUCUUCAGGUGCCCUGAGUUUUGUUUUACUUUGUGUUGAUACCCAGAUUACAUUUACAUGCAAGUUCAACUAAGCUGCACUAUGCAAUUUAGUCCCUUUUAAAUGCAAGAUGUGUGUCUACUGUUUUGCUUGUCAUACAGUAUAUUAUUAUGCAGAUAUACACAUAUGUCAUUUAAAUUACCUUUUUGUAGGAAAAUGGAAGCAUGUUUAUUUCAUUGGAUGCUUUAUUUGGCUGUGUUCGGAAAGUCAGUGCAGGAACAAGUGUUAGACCACCAAACCAUGGUGAAACACUUUUUAUUGAGCAGUCAAAGGUUGAUUCAUUUUUGAAGAAUUACCAAGGAAAAUCAUCAUUGAAAUUACAAGUAUGUAUAUGUACGAUGCAUGCAUAUAUCACAGUAAUAUGUGCUCAAUGCUAAUUACAUCAAUUUACCAUGUAUUUACAGAAUAGUUAAUGAGGAGUAAAAUUGUGGACUGAAAGCUAAAAUUUUUAACUUUUCAUCACAAGGAUGGCAAUAUACAUGUAUUCAACAUUUAUCUUUAUAUUAAUAACAGGUUGACACCAAAUAUAAGACUUUCUACCUUGAUCUGAGUAUUUACAGUGAGUGUAAGUGAAAAGCACACAAUUUUGUUUCCAGGAAUCAUGCAAUAAUUUUCAAGCUGGUUCCAGUCUAAGGUCUAAAGUAAAGACAAAGAAAUUGGAUGAAACAGCCAUAUUUGGUGCUGGGUGCCGACAUGAAGUUCCAAUAAAAUUCUUUAGUCUUAAAAGAGGAGAACAGUAAGUCAAUCUCUGAAUGUUUUCUAUUAGUUUACAGCAAUACAUUUACUGUACAGUAUGGUAGUCAGACAUCUUAUUGACCAGUGGCUUCAAAAGUAUCUGUAGUGUGUGAUUUACCCUCAGUGUUGUAUGAUCUACAGUAUAACAUUAUACAUUAUGUAGGAUUGGCAAUGCAGUUUAUCUGCUGAAAUGGCUAAAACAAAAUUUUGCAAAUCUGGAUAUCUACCUAUAUUAUGAUAUCGCAUGUACACUGGAAUCUCACUUAAAGGUUGUGUGUCGAAUCUAUAACAAUUAUAAUUUACGUACGAAUUUACAAUAAAUGUUUUGCUAUUACAUGUUUUUUAUAAAGAAUCUAAGAGAGUUUUAUUGGGUUUUAUUCACCAAUCAUAAAUUAGUGUAGGUAAUCACACAAGAUGGAGUGCAAUUAAUGAUUGACACUACGAGUGAUUUUUGGAAAGUGUGCUAAAUUUGUCACAUUUUUCAAAAAUCACGAAUAGUGUAAAUCAUUAAUUGCACGACUGUCUGUGUGAUUAUUUAUUUAUUAUAUUCAUGACAAAAUUAUAACUAUACUCCCACCCGCAGUAUUUAACUAUUCUCGUGGAUAAUUUAAUUUCCAUUUUAACAUCAUAGUUUCGGCACAGAGCCCAUUCCUUCUAAAACUUUAACCAACUAGCAGUACUCAUUUGUGGUUAGAAAAUGGACUGCCAUUUUCUUUUUUCAAAUCAUUAGUUGCACUGCCAUGAGUGAAAUUAAUGAAAUUCCUCUUAACCAAUAAGAUUGGAGUAAUUUUGUCAUGUAUAUAUCAUGACACAUCAAAGUGAUGAUCACACAUGUGCUAAGUAUCUAUUUCAACCAUUAAGCGAGUUUUGUUGUACUAUUUCGUGGUAAGCAAAACUCCAUUAGGCUGACGCUCAUUUAAGAUUUUUUGAUCAACACUAGAAAUGAUUUUUUUUCUUUGGUGUUGUGUACUCAGGUGAAUAUGCUGUUUGGGCUAGUAUUCCGUGGCCAGGCAUAUUUUUCAAGCUUGCCCGGUGUGGAUAUACACUCAGAGUAUAACACCACAAACAACUAGAAAUGAAUUUCAUGUUUUCGUGCAUUCAUGUCUUAUUCUAGGUACUGUACAUGUACAAUAAUUACCUUCAAUAUGUUGCCAGUGUAGGUAGCGGAUAACAACAUGAGCAUAAACGAUACAAUUGAAUUUUGUUGUAUCGUUUAGGUAGUGAGUGGAACUUUCGCUGUACCCCUUUAAUAAAACUGUAUCAUACAGUAUUUGAACUUGGGAACCACGCUUCGCAAGCGGGCGCCUAAACCACUGCGUUACAAGGAGCCCGCUAACUAUAUAAUUCUUACUAUUGAAAUUUGAAAAUAAAUCCUCUUCACAAGUUUUUUUAAUAGUAUAAUAGUUUAUUGUUUCUAUACAUUUAAUGUACUUCACCUUUUGUACUGUAGGUUCUUUAUAGUGGCCGACGAAUAGAGGGGUUUGGCUUAAGUGAUGGGGAAGUCAUGGAGCGAAUGUGGUCGUACCUGAGACCCUCAGCUAAAAUUACCAAGGAAAUGACCCCUUCACAUAGAGUGGACGCUUUGACAGACUUUCUUUUGCACUAUGGAAGGAAAUCUGUUGCACAAAUUGGUAAGUUUGUCAAGUACCAAAGAUAUAAAUAAACCUAGAUCGCGCUUCUCAGUAAUCCAGUAAUCGAAUUUUGAAGCCGCUCGCCGCCAUCUACUCCAACAUCCAGCGUUCUGAUUGGCUGAAUGCAGUCACUGUAUAUGAAUAAGAUAAAUUGGUCACCAUCUCGGUACUCCCAUUCGUCAUUCAUUUUGCUUCAUCGGAUGAGCAAUCUAGGUUUAUUUAUAUCUGUAGUCAGUGCCCUUUUGUUCGUGCGAGGCUUGUGAAUAAUUGUAUUUUGUAUAAAGGGUAAAUUGCUUUAAAUAUUCGUUGGAUUAUCAAUAUCCUUCAGUAUUCACUCGUAUAAACUGAUAACAUACUGUGCACGUUCUCGCAGUAUAUUUUCUAUGUACCGUUGACAACCAUUCUAGAAGUAAAUAAUUACUAUACAUAUUGUAUAUCUUCGCCAACAGGAGACCGUCUCUGCGACCAUAUGAAGAAAGCAGUACACAUGAAAGCCGAUACAAAUGAUCAGUUGACCGUGCUCCUUGGAAAUCUUACUGAAAGCGGUUCGUUCUUGAUACAUUGAGUUACAUAUUAAUUAUAUAUGAAUGGAAGAACUCGAUGUUUUCUUAUAGUUUGUUAUGGGGAAAAAUAAAUAAAUGGACAAGUUGCUAAAUAAUACAUGUAUUGUGUAUUCAAUGUAGGUGUUACCUUGAAUGAAGCAACCAUAGAAAAAUGGUCACAAUCAGAAAACGAAUUGUUUAGCAACAGGCAAGUGGGGAAAAAUGCAGGUAAGCUUUGUAUCUAUAAGUUUCAUAUUAACGCAUAUAGGUAAUUUUCACAUUUUUAUCUCUCUAUUUAUUUUUGUUUGUUUACAGUAGAUGCAGCAUCUUCAACUGAUGUUGCUGAACGUUAUGUAGUAAAGCUUAAAGAGUAUUAUGAUACAUCGUAAGUGUGUGUUGUUUGUGUUCUGUUUUAAAUCAAAGGCAUCAUAAUCAGUGGAAUAACUAAGUAAAUAAAACGAAUAUGUUCGCCAUGAUUGGUAGUUUAAAUUUUGUGUUUCUCCUUUUAGGAAAAAGCUCAAAGAAAUUAAUUUGGCUAACGAGGAGUAUUCAGUAUUGAGUUCAAAAUUAAAUAGGUACAGUGAUGCGUGA